AAAAUCCCUAGAUUGUACCCUUUCAGAAAGUCAAGGAUCUUCUCCGCAAAUUUGUGGCUUACAACCAGUUUCCAAAAUUAUGCAUCGAUACAAAUUGUGGCGGGUAGUUCCCGCUUUUCUUAUGUGAACGCAAGCUUGCCAAUAACUGAACAUCUUAUUUGUAACAUAUUAUACGCAAGAGAAAAGAAUUCUCAAAAAACUUGAAUACGGCCAUUGUUGCGGUCACAGACAUAGAUGACUCCAUUCCUUGAAAUAGUCAUUCCAGUUGGACGGUCAAACUGACCCGGUCCAUUUCCUUGUGUGUCAAAUGAUGUCAUAAAGUGUCCCUCUGUAGUGAAGACUGAGAUAUUGUUAGCAGAGUCACUAACAUAGACUAUGUUGUU